GCGGGCCCGGUCCCGGCAUUAGGGGCGCGGGCGGGCGGCGCACGGGCGGGCGGCGCGGCGCGUAAGAUGGCGGCGCUGCGGGAGGGCGGCCGCUACGCCGUGCGCUGCGGCCGGGCGGCGGGCAACGUGACGGUGCUGCACGUCAAGCUCACCGAGACCGCCGUGCGCGCGCUCGAGAGCUACCAGGGCCGGCAGGAUCUUAUUUCUUCUCAACCUUCAAUUCAGUUUCAAGGACUCCAAGGGCUUGUUAAAAUACCCAAAGUUGAUCUCCCAAAUGAAGUGCAUACAUUUAACUUCUACUUGUCAAAUGUUGGCAAAGAUAACCCUCAGGGAAGCUUUGACUGUGUCCAGCAAACUGUCUCAAGUUCUGGAGCCUUGCAACUGAGUUGCCUGGGAUUUGUACAGAAUAAAAUUACAGUAUGUGCAACAAAUGAUUCCUAUCAGAUGACCAGAGAGCGCAUGACCCAAGCAGAAGAGGAAUCACGCAAUCGAAGUGCAAAGGUUAUUAAGCCUGGUGGACCAUAUUUAGGAAAAAGAGUACAGAUCAGAAAAGCACCACAAAGUGUUCCAGAUGCUGCACCUGAGAGGAAGAGGUCGACACCCAUAAACCCAGCAAAUACAAUACGGAAGACUCAUACAAACAAUACUGUUUCUCAGCGACCGUACAGGGACAGGGUGAUUCACUUACUGGCACUGAAGGCUUACAAGAAACCAGAGUUACUUGCUCGCUUGCAGAGAGAUGGUGUCAACCAGAAGGACAAGAAUUCCCUUGCAGCUAUUCUGCAGCAGGUAGCCAACUUGAAUCCCAAGGAUAACUCUUACACUCUGAAGGAUUAUGUAUUUAAAGACAUUCAAAAAGACUGGCCUGGAUACAAUGAAGUUGAUAAACAGUCAUUGGAAUUAAUACUUUCUAGAAGAGUAAAUUCAUCGCAGAAUACCACCAGCACCAGUCAUUUGGAAUCUCCUGUAACUUCAAAUAAAGAUGCUGCAUCAGCUUCUCCUUCCCAGAAACGCCUCUUGGAUUCUGAUUUCAUCGACCCUCUGAUGAACAAGAAGCCGAGGAUCUCUCACCUCACCCACCGAGUCCAGCCAUCCUUUGGCACCCAACCUCCUGCCCCCAGCGAGAAGGCAGCCCCGGCCCCACCACCGGCAGCCCCGGCCCCACCACCAGCUGCCGCGGCGCCCGCCCCGCUGCCCCUGCCUGCCGCGCACCUGCCUGCCUCCAACCCACCCCAGACCGCCAGCUCCAGUUCCCCCACCACCCCUGAGGGGCGCGGGACCCAAGAUCUGCCCGUAGACAGCAUCAGCCAAAACAGCAGUAGCAUCUUUGAGGACCAGCAAGAAAAAUAUACCUCUCGGACUCCCUCAGGAACCCCAGCGCCUGCUGACGGUCCGUUGGAGCAUCAUACCGUGCCGGCAGGCGAGAACGGCACAGCAUUGUACAAAAAAUCCAAGAAGAAGGCCAAAAAGCAUAAGGAGAAGGACCAAAUCAAAAAGCAGGACACUAGGAGUGCAGGCGAAAAGGAGAAGGACCUUAGAAAAGAAGAAACUGCCAAGCUGAAAAACGCCUCCAGUUUGGAGUCAGGAGUUAAAGAAAAUUCCACUGCCUCCACAGAUCCUCCUUCAUCGACAAGUGAACUACCAGACUAUUUCAUAAAAUACAUAGCUAUAGUCUCGUAUGAGCAACGCCAGAGUUACAAGGAUGACUUCAAUGCCGAGUAUGAUGAAUACAGGAAUUUGCAUGCUCGGAUGGAGAAUAUCACCAGGAGAUUCAUGAAGCUUGAUGCACAAAGGAAACAGCUUUCUCCAGGGUCUAAGGAAUAUCAGAUCCUUCACGAGGAAGUCCUAGAAGAGUAUCGAAAGAUACAACAGUCUAGUCCCAACUACCAUGAAGAGAAAUAUAGAUGUGAAUAUCUACAUAACAAGCUGUCUCAUAUUAAAAGACUUAUAGGUGAAUUUGACCAACGGCAAGCAGAGUCAUGGCACUAGUCUUCUGCUUGGACCAGAACAUGUGAAUGAACAGAAGCUUAUUUAUUUAAAAUUCCAGAUGAGUUGCUCUAAGAUUCUAAGAGGCUAGAACUUUUGCAUUACAAAAGUUUCAGUAUUAGUAUACUUGAGUUGACUACUUCUGUUGUUGUUGGUGUUGCUUAUAUGCAUAUUUGAAGCUGCUUUUUCUGGUCCCUUCUUUUCUUCAAGACUUAGUUUGUCUAUUGAAAUCCAUCUUAUUAGUAGGUGCUGGGAUCCCAGCACAACAUCUACUAUGAAGUUGUGCACAUUUUAAGAAAAUAUUGUAGCAAACUGAAGUACUUUUGGAUAAAUAUAAGGCUAUUUUUCUGACCUUUCUUGUUAAUGCAAACUCUUUGCCUUAAAUGGUAGAAGGUUUAGAAAUUUGCACAAAAAAAUUAAAAAAAAAAAAUCACAUUGUUUUGGAGGGUUAAAGAGGCAUGUAUAUAAGUGCUAUAUACAGCCCAUACUUGUUACAACAGAAACUCAUCACUGCAACUCAAACCCCCAUUGCAAUGGUUGCCUUAAGGUGUUUGCUUGUGUGUAUUUAGUGUAGUUAAAUUAUUAGCUACACUGCUUCCCACUUCGCUGCAGCACCUGGGAAGCACUACGUGGCCUACCAGUGUCUGAAAGUGUGUGCCUGUACUGUGUGCGUGCAAGAAUGUGUGGGUGUGAGCAUGCGUGAUGGGGAAUAAAAAUUAAAAAAAAAAAAAAGCUGCUACUCUAAGUAGGCCAAACGCUCAGGUUAAAACAACUGACGAGUGUUGCUGUAGGUUUUUUCCUAUAAAAUUGCUACUUCUAUUAUGGAAGAUGAAAACAUUUUCAUUUCAAUAGUUUGCCAGCUUUAUUAAUGUUGGGAAAAUUGAUACUUUACAAAAAUUAAACAGAUAUAUAGUUUUGGGGCAAGAAUAUAAAAUUAAGCAUGUAGGUUACCUAUUUAUAUACUGCUAUAAAGUAUUUUUUGAAGAGAGAUAUGCAAAGAAGCUAUUGCCUACAUGAAAUGUAUAUUUAAAGAUUUUUGUCCUGGGUGCCAGGAAUGUAACAAACAGAUGUAUUUAACUAUGAAAUACUGUGAUCACCAAACAGCACAAACUUUCAUUUCAUGCAGUUUUUGGUUUAUUUUGAUUUAAACUAUUGCUUGCUUUGUCAUGUGAAAACACAGGUUAUCUGGUCAAAAUAGAGCAAAAUCUUUGUUUUAUUGUUUUUGUCUUUUCAAAAUGCUGCCAAUUGAAAAGGGAAGCAUUAUGUUUACAAAUCUGGUUUUGGAAUAUUUGCCAAAAUUGUGGUAGUAUCUUCAAUAAACUUUAUCUCCAGCAUAAAAAAUAAAUAAAUAAAAAUGUUGUGUGUCACUGUAAACCAGAAAAUGUUUGAGAUUUGUCAGAAAAUAUGCAUUCAGGUAAAUGGGGAUAUGAAUUUUUGCCUUAAAUUUGUGGGUUCAGAUACCUUCCAUUUGUGAAGAUGAAAUAGUGUGCAAGAGGCAUCCUCCCUUCUCUUGCAUGAACACUAUACUUCUGUUACGUAUUUUGAGACCAAGUUGGCUCUGAGUCCCUUGGCUUAUACUGCACAUUUCAAAUGGCAAAGUGAAGGGGAGACCUCUUGCUUCCUGUCAAGAGCUGCAUUCCUCUGGGCCCAAAGAUGGAGCUUGAUCUUGAGCAUGCACACAGCAGUGCCCAGGUCUGAGUGCAGGGGCUGCUAACUGCACUGUAGCUGCACCGGAUGGCUCCAUUUCAACCCAGAAACAAAGCAACUGCUCAGAUUAAAGUAAGGGGAAGCUUCUGGUAUCGGGACCCACCCUGGCAGUGCUCUUUAUAUAAACUGUAUGCACAGAUCUGACUUUAGCUGCCGCUGUGGUACAUGCAGUGCUGCUCUACAGCUGUGUUGUUACCAUUUGUAGUGCUACCACUGUGUAACUGAGACCCAGUGUCGUUAACUAUUUUUUCUCCUUUUAUGAGAAAAAGAUUGAUCUGUAUUUGCAUGCAUCUUCUGGUUUACAGCCUGUGUAUCUGUUGCUGGGGAUUAAUGUACUUGAGAGGUCCACUGUGUAUAAUCAUGAGACCUGACAAGCUACUGUAAAGACCUUAAUUGAAGGUUUUGCCCAUUUGCAUUGAGCAUUUCUUAAGCCUUGCAAGUAUACCCAACAGCCUAUGCAGAUUUACAGCACUGUUUUGCAAUACAUAUCUCUUGUUUCCCUUGAGCUGUUGUUCCUGUUCGUCAGAUACAGAGAACCCACUGAAGCUGGGCCUGUGACUGUAUUGCCUGUCCCAUGCAAGUGUCCAGCUCGUUCCGAGGAACAAGCACUGCAGAUGGUGUCAUCCUGGCUGGGGUUACAGCAAGCCCAGAGCAAACAGUUGAUGUAGAGAAGGGGCAGCUGUAUGUGCUCCUGCUUGGAAGCUGGAUCUCACCGCAGCUUGAAAAAACGUGUAGUCAAGAGGGAGGCAUCAGCCUGUCCAGAUGACUGAAAAAAAUCGGAGGACGACUGUGUUCCAGUCUUGCUAUGGUUUGGGGGAGGGAAUCUAUGCCCAAAGAAAACUGUCUCAAAACAGUAUCUCCAAACUAUCACAGGAAGCAGAUCACUGUUGACUGCUUCCGAGCCUUCAUUUGACCUUGUCAGUUACCAAAAAGUAAUAAUAAAAUAUUUUGCAAGUGUUUUGUGAAACACAUGGGUAAGUCAUAGAGGCAAAGUUGCUUCAACAGGUUUUAAACAGAAUUCAGGUUAAGGUGUCGAUAUUGUAACUUUGCUCAUAUGUUAGCUUUUCUAAAAUAGUGAUGUUACAACCAGUCUUUCUGGAUAUGUAAAUGUUGAUUCAUGUGAAGAUCUAUGGCUGCUUUGAAGUAUGAUUCUUUUCAUAAGUUUUGCUUCCCUCUGUUUGUGUACCUGAGGGGAGAGGGAUGUGGGCAGCAAUUCCAUAGCUGCCUUCUGGGCAAGGAUAUGGAAUUGUCCAAAGGAGGACAGCAUCUGGGAACAUGAAGGCUUACAGCAGGGCUGUGAAUCCCCCUUGCUGAAUUGGAGAGUAUUCUAAAACUUUUUCAAUCGUUUCUGUACCAACUGUAUUAAAACUGUACAUGAAAGACCCUGGGGGGCGUUCUGUCAAUGAACACUUGAGCCGUUGUUGCCCCUCUGUUCUGCAUCAACUUAGGUUCAAUAAAAUGUUGACUUUGCAACA